CGGGCAGGACAUAAUUACCACCACCAGCCGCCGCCGCCGCCGCCGUCUUGGCUCACCUUUUCUAAGUUUGUGUGUUUUGUCCGUGUGACUGACUAACCUUUUGAAAUAUGUGUCAGAGUGUUUCCGAGUGUCUGCCAGUCUUUUCUGUCGUCCUCCCGGUUGCCUGAAUGCCUGUGGAUGCUUGUGUGUCGCUUUGUAUUUUUGUCUGCGUGUCGCUGUGUGUUUGCGUGCUGUUGUCUCUGCUGCCCGGUCUGAUCGCGCCCGUGUCUGACAGCCCCUGUCCUGUGAUUGCGCAGCAUAAGCUGAAGUCUUCGCAGAGGGACAAGGUACGGCAGUUCAUGUCCUUCACACAGGCUGGGGAGAAGACAGCUGUGUACUGCCUCACGCAGAAUGACUGGAAACUAGAAGUCGCCACGGACAACUACUUUCAGAACCCAGAGCUUUACUGUAAGGAGUCCAUGAAAACCUCAGUAGACCGGAAAAAGCUGGAGCAGCUCUACAACCGCUACAAAGAUCCCCAGGAUGAAAACAAGAUCGGCAUCGACGGGAUCCAGCAGUUUUGCGACGACCUCUCCCUGGACCCGGCCAGCAUCACGGUGCUCGUGGUCGCGUGGAAGUUUCGCGCUGCCACUCAGUGUGAGUUCACCAAGAAGGAGUUUCUGGACGGGAUGACAGAGCUGGGGUGCGACAGCCCAGAAAAGCUGAAGGCCCUUUUGCCAAGAUUAGAGCAGGAACUAAAAGACAGCGGGAAGUUCAAAGAUUUCUACCAGUUCACCUUUAACUUUGCCAAAAAUCCUGGACAGAAGGGUCUCGAUUUGGAGAUGGCUGUAGCCUACUGGAACCUGGUCCUGUCGGGACGAUUUAAGUUCCUCGAUCUUUGGAACAGAUUCCUUUUGGAACACCAUAAACGAUCCAUCCCAAAGGACACGUGGAACUUAUUGUUGGACUUCGGUAACAUGAUCGCAGAUGACAUGUCGAACUACGAUGAGGAAGGGGCAUGGCCAGUCCUUAUAGACGAUUUUGUGGAAUUCGCUCGACCAAUUGUAACAGGAUCAAAACGCAAAACUCUCUAAAUCCCAACUCUGGAAAAAAAACCAGAACGUUGUUUCUUUUACAGUGACUUCAUAGUUUUUUUUAAGACUUGUACAAAAAAAAAAGAGAAAAAAAAAAGUGAAAAUUGUAGAGAGAAAACAGAAGCACUUGAAGCUGUCAGGAAAACCACCUUUCAGGGGGAGCUGAGUAGAAACUACGACUGGCCGCGUUUUCCGUCCUCUCGGGACUGAGGCUUCUUAUGGACAUUGCCAGAUUCCCGGUUUCCUGGACGCCCCUCUGCUCUGCUCCGGGAGGAGCACUACAGCCCCGUCGGCGGGCACGGACACAGCGCUGAGAGGAGGUUCACCUGCUGCGCGUACUCUAAACAGACCGGAGAGGAGAGAGAGAGCUGUGUGUUUUAAGAUUCUUCCUAGUCAGCUUUGUUUUGUUAUAUGAAGCUCUUGAGUGACUGUGCAAAGUUCCCCUUGUCUUACUCUAACUUCGGGACAGAGUGCUCACUACACCAGCACCAACAGAACUGUUGCAGUUUUAACUGUACAUACUGUAUCUAUUGGAACAGUUUACAAAGAGAGCUAUAUGAAGAAUAAUAUAAAUAUGUUUGAUUUAUAAAUGCAAAAGAUGAUUGUUUUAUGUACAGUAAAAAUGCUAAGAUCUCUAACGGGAUGCCUCAAUAUUGUGGAUGAUAAUAUGCUGUUGGUUUAACUGUAAGGUGGAUCUGUCAAGAAUUUGUGAGCUUCUCAUCGAAAGCAUGUUAAAAAACACAUUUUACGUCACGUCGGGCUGGUUUCACAAAUAAAUUUUCACUAAAUUAAAGGCGGUGCUUUAAUUUAGGUGACUGAUAUUGCUUCGUGGUAUUCAUUUGUCUGAGCAAUCUCAGUUGGGAGCGGGUAUUUAUUCGUAUGUUAACAAGAGUCGGGCCUUUUCCGGAGCUUCUUCCUGACGACAAUUGUUCCCUCUGAGGUGUUUUUGAUGCUAAGUCGAGUAUUAAGCAGCAGUUUUAAGGUUAAAAAUGUGGCCAGCCUGUAGGAUUACAUGGCACAUUGAUGUCUGUGAUGCCAACAACGUGAAGCCCGUACAACUUACAGAUCAGGACACUAAAGAGGGCGACAAACAACAGGAGGACAAAUUAAGCCUUAAGAAUAAUCACCUGUCUGUUCAAUGUUCAUGUUUCUGUUCAACCCCUGUUACUAAAGGUAGUGGAAAUAGGAACAUACUGUUGAUACAUCAUGUAAGUAGCCUAAGUAUACUGCUCAUUUAAGAAAGAUGAAUAAAGCAUGAGUUUUUCCAUAAUCGUAUUUAGCUCUUUUGUUGUUGAUAAGUAUCAAUGGAUAGUGUCGAUCGAUAUCGAAGACAAGAGUGCAGCUGUUUAAGACGGAGUGUAUUUGAUGAAGCACACGUAGAAUCUACAUUUGUUCAAAUAAAAUGUAUUUUUUAACGUAA